CAGAAAACUCGUUGAUAUUCUUCAUAAACCCACCUCUAGCGUACAAAGAUUGCCCAUCGAUAAUAGAAUGGCGUCGUCGCGCAUAUUCCCGCAGUUUUCCCUAACGGGGAGAACGGCCAUCGUCUCGGGCGCAGGAAGUGGUCUUGGUCUCGCGAUAGCUGAAGCCCUUGCAGAAGCAGGUGCCAAUGUGGCAAUACUGUACCACAAGAACGGCGCAGCAGUAGAUGCUGCUAAACAGGUUGCAAAGGAGUAUAACGUCAAAUGUAUUGCAUAUCAAGUAGAUGUUACCCAGCCAGACGAGGUAGAAUCCACUGUCAAUCAAGUGGUAAAUGAGUUUAAUGGCCGCCUUGACUGCUUUAUUGCUAAUAGCGGUAUUGCAUGGAACGAAACCUCUGUUUUAGAUAGCAGUAUCUCACAUUAUCGUGAGGUUAUGGCAACAAAUCUGGACAGUGUAUAUUAUUGUGCAAGGGCAGCGGGGAUGCACUGGCGGCGCCAGGCAAAGGAACAGACAACCAUAGAUGGCAAGAAACUCGAAGGCUUCCAGAAGGGUAGCUUUGUUGCAACUGCAAGCAUGAGCGGCCACAUCGUAAAUUAUCCUCAUAUUCAGACAGCAUAUAACGCGUCUAAAGCAGGCGUGAUUCACAUGUGCAGGUCUCUUGCAGUUGAAUGGGUCGAUUUCGCUCGUGCAAACACUGUCUCCCCAGGUUUUAUCGAGAGCGGGCUUACAGGAGCAGUCUCAGAAGAUGUUAAAGAAACAUUAAGAGAGAAAACUCCAGUGAAACGAAUUGGUGAUCUCUAUGAAAUGAAGGGAGCUUACCUCUACCUCGCAUCCGAUGCAUCAAGUUUCGCGACUGGGACCGAUAUCGUUGCUGAUGGCGGUUAUCGCCUAUGGUAAUAAGGCAAAUAAAGCUGGUGGUAGGGGGUUUGUCUUGUACAAAUUAUUCCCCUAGUUCUGGGAAAACCCUAUUGUAGGGGCGAAGACCUUAGUAAAAGAGGGCAUGGAGGGUUAAGGAUAGAGGUCAUAGAGUAAGGCCUAUAGUUGAUAGUUGCUAUACGCAGGAAUUAAAUACUCCUCUUCGGCGAGCUCUCUGGGUUGGAGAUGUGUGGUGCGCGCAGGAUAGGAGACGUCGCGGGGAGGAAAAAAGGGGGG